UGUAUGCUAGUUGCUAGUGUCUAUUCUACUCCAUCUACUGGAGUAGAGUAGUUUGCUGCCAAGAAGCAGAUGCAUUGGAGGUGUGGAAUUGCUAUAGUAGUGGCAUUAAAUUCUAGCCGAGGUUGUGCUGCGGUGAGGACCUGGAUCUGAAGCUUGUUGCCUUCAUGGCGACAGAAUUCAGCCUGGAAGCGGUCCUGCGCUUUAUUCGGGAAAAAGAGGGGAAAGUGAAAAACGUGGAGUUGCUGGACCAUUUCAGUUAUUAUUUGAACGACCCCGACAAAAGAGCUCUCGCUAGGGAGAGGUUCAAGGAGUUUGUUAACACAGUUGGGUGUGUGAGACAGGAGAAUGGCGUUAAAUUUGUAUGCCUGAAGAAAAUAUAUAAGGCACCGAAUGGCGAAAAUGUCACAUGCGGCCAAGUUAACCCAUCAGCAAAUGCUGCUUGUCGGGUACCUGAAAAAGAGGGUGUUGUGGUGGGCAACGGAGUUUGUUUCAUAGCCAAUGAAAGUGCAACAGUUUGCAAGAAAACUGGCGGGGGAUCCUUGGCAGAAUCCCCGAGUCAGAGCGCAACGGUAAUGGAGAUACUACCUUCACUUGCACCGUUGCAUUCUGCUGUACCAUCUGCAAAGGCUUACGGCUGUUCAACGAACUUUGCCAGUGAUGAUGCAAAAACUACUCCUCCCAACCUUGCACUCGCCUCAAAGCACGCAGCUACCAUAAGAACAGGACUUGCAGCAGAUCGCCUUACUACUGCUGUCAAUUGGACUGCUUCGACGAACGGUGAUUGCGGAAAAUACCCUAGCAGGCUGAAAGUAAAUUUAAGUAUUUCCAAUGACAUGGGUACUAAUAACUCAUCGCACUUAAAAAACCUUGGGGAUAGUCGGGUCCGAAGUGGUUUUGUUUCGAAUGCUGCCUUCACAGGUAAACCAUCGUUGACUGGCAAUUCUAAGCAGCAGGUUGUUUCAACUACUGAAGGUGAACUUGCGCAGGUAGAAAGUGACGGGUGUUCACAGAUCUCUCUGAAUGUAUAUCCACCUUUAACGGGUCAACACUGUAUUGAACAGUGCACUAAUGACUGGGUAGUAGGUAAUGACUCCUCAGAACCUACUGAAAGUAAGUCUCCCACUCAUUGCCCCAGGCUAGGGGUUAUUUCUGAGACUCACAUUAGGAAGGAGAAAGAUAGUACUGUAAGAAGUGAAGAUGUAACUCUGGGGCAGCCCUCAAACAGGAGAAGACUGUCAAGAAAAGGAUUGCAGCAGGUUACCAAAGGUGGACAGCAUCUGUCUGUGGGUGUAGAUGAGCCUGAUGUGGAUGCUUGUUGCUCUCUAGAAGGUGAGAGUGGUGGCAGUACACCUAAAUGUAGUCGAAAGAGUUUCAGAGAGUUGAUGAUAAGCAGUUCUCCUCAGCUAAGGCGAAGUGUCAUCUACAAAAGUCCCACUAGAGUAAAUGACUGUUGUGAUUCUUCUUCUUUGGCAUCUACUGAUGAGGAUUCUGGAUCAGUGGCCUUGGAUCCACUUGAGCAUGCCUGGAUGUUGGCUGCAUCAGAUGGAAGAUGGGAUUGCCUUGAGGGCUUGGUGCGCUGCGAACCUAAUCUUAUCACCAAAAGAGAUUUUGUAACUGGAUUUACAUGUGUUCACUGGGCUGCAAAGCAUGGCAAUCAAGAACUGAUAAUAAAAUUGGUCAACUUUGCUAACAAACGUGGUAUUGCAAUCAACAUAAAUUCGAGGUGUACUUCUGGUUAUACUCCAUUGCACCUCUCUGCUAUGCAUGCCCACGUGGAGGUGGUUAAAUUACUAGUUGGUGCCUAUGAUGCUGAUGUGGAUGUAAGAGAUUAUAGUGGCAAAAAAGCAUGGCAGUAUCUAGAUGAAAGUAUAGCUGAAGAGAUUAAGGCUCUAGCAGGGGCAUGCAAAGGUUAUAAUUCUCAAAACCUGGGUACUAAUGGAAGUGGACGCUGGAGGAUUUCUAAGGUUCUGCCAUCAAAUUUAAUGGCACAAAAGUUGUCUGAUCUUCCUGAGGAAGACCAAGGUGAUAGUGCAACUGUGAAGUCAAAGGUGGUGCAUAGAAAGCCUUCUUCUGUAAGCAAUCGCAUGAAACCAAAACUAAACAAAAUGCGGUUUAGAACUCAGAUAAUUCAUACUACACCUUCAUUCAGGGGUCCAGAAGAUGAAGAGGGAUCUCUGAGUCCAGUGAAAAACAGACCAAAAUCGCUGUUUUUUGGAUGACCAGUAACAGUGCAGUCUGUUGUUUAACAGAGUUAAUGUAAUGUUGUGCAUCCAUGACUGUCUGGGCAUGUUCUGCACUGCCAUCUCUUUUCUCUGGAACUGUUUAGCACUUUAAAACCUGAAAAGUUACAAUUAGUCAAAAAAGUAGUAAUGCUGUAAAAGCAACAUUAUGUAAAUAGUUUUAAGAUUUUUUUUACAGCUUUGGUUUUAAGUAUCCCCAGUGAGUAUAAUGUAGCACUUUUCAAACUUUCAGUUGCUGGGAGUGAGUAAAUGACUUGUUUGGGUGUAUUAACACUGACAUUCCAAGUUGUCAUUGUUUUAUUUAAAAAGAAAAAGACCAUAUAUAUGUGUAAAAAUACCAGUAUAUGCUGUGGUAGCUUUUUACCUUCUGCACUCACAUCUGUGUUUAUCACACUACCAGUGUUACUAUGUUGACUACUUGUUUGAAGCACUGUAGCUGGUUCAAGCAUUUUUUAUUGCAGCACUCUGUGAUCCUUGGAUCAAAGAAAUCAGAUUUUCCGUAUGUAGGUGUACAUCGUACACGUAUAGUGCUAUGUGAGUGACUGUUUACAGCUUGUUUAAGAUAAGGCAGCAUGCAGGGCAAGAAGAAAAGCCUGGGAGAGGUUUGACCUAAACCUGAUAACAGCAAAUCCCCUGCAUGCUUGCAGGAUUAAGUGUAUAAAACUGAAUUGGUAGUUGUGAGUGGUGUCACAUUUUAGACAUGUAGUGUUGAUGUUUACAGAAUAGCAAAUGGAGUUGCAGAAUGCUAAGCACUUUAUCAUUUUAACUAAUCUGAGUGGUCUUAUUUUGAUUUGGUACACUCUCUUAUUGCAUAUUUUAGGCUCUUCAAAAACAUGCAUUUAAGUGCUUUGAGAAACAAAUAAUUUAAAAAGUAAAGUUAAUUGCUUUAGCUCGGAAAUUCAUUUUUGGCAGUUUAGUAUAUUUUUGUAUUGACUUGUGAUUCAUUUAAUUCUGAGUGUUGGUGCUCAAAUGGGAUUUGUCUGUUCCUCAGUUACUUACCUAUAUUUGUCACUUACUGACUACCUUGUAUAAAUACAAGUUUUUCGUUGGGUAAAAAUAUGAAAGACUUGAAUAAUAAAGAAUGUAUUUAUGUGUAUAGAAUUACUCACUGAUUAGUUGUAGCUGAAAAAAGAUUAAAAAAAAUAAGUAGAGAAUGUU